AUGGAGGAAUCCAUUAUCCCUUUACCUAUGGGAAUGAACACUAUCCUAAUGACCAGGCCUAUCUUCUGCACAAGUGGAAGGUCAGUCCUGCAGCACCUCGGCAAGGCUGCUGGCGAUGACACGGCCGGGACAGGGAUCCGCGUAUCUCUCAGCGACAACCUACAUCCACUGUGGGCACAGCUCUCCCCGUUUGGAGCUCCUUUCAGGCUUCUGAAACUUCCUGAUAUUUGUGAAGCUCUGAACGUGACCGUCUCUCCGGGACCCAGGACCCGGCAUGUGGUUGGAGAUAAUGUUACUUUAUUCUGCCAUGUUUCUCAGAAGAGGCGAAGGGAAAACCUUUUGGCUGUCCGAUGGAUCUUUGCUCUCCCCUCUGCCCAGGAAUACCUGAUGAUCAAAAUGACCAAGUAUGGGGUCGUCCAGUACUAUGGAAAUUACACAAGCCACUUCUAUAAGCGGAGGCUUCGUCUUCUGGAGGAGAAACACAGGACGAUGUACACGUUUUUGAUCCUGAACAUCCAGCAAGCCGAACAAGGACACUAUAUUUGCAAGGUUCAGGAGAUUGGCAAGCAAAGGAACAAGUGGACUUCGUGGUCCAACGGUAGUGCCUCCACUGAAGUCCAAGUACUUCCAUCCCAUUUUUUGGAUGAAGAAAAACACAAAACGUGGGCAUUUUUUGAAGACCUCUCGGUCUACGCGGUGCUGAUGUGCUCGGCGGGGAUCCUGAGCAUCCUCCUCUUCGGCCUGGUCCUCCUCUGCCGGAUCUUGAGCCACAGGAAGCAACCCCACGUGAAACGUUACUUGGUGAAAUGUCCUCAGAAAAGCUUGCAGGAGUCUGGGAGUGCCAGCAAGGCAGCCGGGUCUCCAGGCGCCCCCGCCCAGAGGAGAGGCCCGAGGGCGACAGAGGCACCGCCAGCAGUUCCUGCCAAAGCACCGAUAUCCCACGCCUUCUCAAAGCCUAAACUCCUGAAACCACAAAGGAAGCUUACCUUGCUGAAGGGCCGGGAGGAGAGCCUGACCUACGCCGAACUGGAGCUGCUGAAGCCUCCCCAGGAAGCCAAAGGCGUUUCUUCCGCCACCGUCUACGCCCAGAUCCUCUUUGAGGAGAACAAGGUGUAA